AUGAAAGAAGGAAAAACUCCCACCCACCUUGCCCCACCUCACCUCCACCUCGCUCCACCUUGCCCCAUCUUGCCCCACCUCGCCCCACCUCACCUCCAUCUCGCUCCAUCUUGCCCCACCUUGCCCCUCCGCCCAUCCGCACUGACCCGUCCACAUCCACUGCAGAGCAUGGCGGGGGAUGACGAGGAGAACAGCGGCGGGGACUCGAGCACCGGAGGGAAGCUCAAGCCCAAGAAGCCUUCGCGGUUCUAUCCCAGUGAGUUCGUUUUUCGAGGUUGCCGUCUUUCGCGGUGGGUGUCGGUCGGGGUGCGAGGGCGGGUGUCGUUGCAGAGUCGUGGUCGAAGAGGGGGGAAUCGCACGAGCCGGGUGACAGGUCCUCUCCGAAGGGCAUCAGCCGGCACUCUCGCCUCUCGUACAAAGGACACAUGGGAGCGACCUUCUCUCGUGCUCGGCGACGCGUGGAAGACCAGUUCCUCCAUCGACUCGGCAUAGGAAAAAGCAAGAAAAACUUCCUCACCUGCGAAGAAACCCCCG